AUGACGCGCUGGCCGCUGCCCCUGCUGCUGCUGCUGCUGCUGCUGGCCGGGCCGCCGCCCGCCGCGCCCGCGCCGCCCACCUGCUACUCCCGCCUGCGGGCGCUCAGCCGCGAGCUCACCCGAGACUUCCAGAGCCUGCAGGCCGAGGAGCCCUCGGAGCCGUGUGUGAAGUACUUGCCUGCGUUGUACCUGGACAUCCACAAUUACUGCGUGCUGGCCAAGCUGCGAGACUUCGUGGCCUCACCCCAGUGCUGGCACAUGGCCCGGGUGGACGCCCUGAAGGACCAAGUGCGGAAGCUGUACACCCUCAUGAACUCGUUCUGCAGGAGGGAUUUGGUGUUCCUGUCGGAUGACUGCAGUGCCUUGGAGCACCCCAGCCCCGGGACCACAGACCUGCCGGCGCUUCACGCCAGAGAAUGACCCCAAGGGGACUGAGCCACAGCAGCCGCCAGACCACAGGGGCUGAGGCUCCGGCCGCUCCGGUCCCCGCCCUGUGCAUCUAAGCUGGCAGGCGGAACCCCUCGAGCCCAGCGAGAGCCGAGCCUGGGGGUGUCCCGCCGGGAGGGUGAGGUCCCGAGGCACACGGAUUUGGGCCACGGGGAGAGAUGGGUCCCCCAGCAGCCCUUGCGUGACAGCAGCUCAUGCGGACUGCUCACCGACCGGCCUCCUGCCUCCCGCCUCGUGCCACGCGCUCGCCCCCCGCCUGCCUGCCAGCCGUGUGUAAAGAAGUUGUUAAUUGCUUCGUGGCUGUAUUUGCAAGGGUCUUCUGCAGUACUGGCAGGAAGCGCUCUUCCCUGGGAAGGCGAUGACAGCCGAAUAAAGAGUAAGGUCACA